CAGCGUCGUCACCGCCGCCUCUGCCUCAGCCGUCUUGUGCAUCCCGCAUCCCGCGCCCCGCAACCCGCGCUCGGGCCGACCCGGCUGCGAGCCCGUGAGCCUACCGGCCGCCGAGGAUGGCCCUGAGUGAGGAGCCCGCCGCGGGCGCCCCGGAGGACCCGGCGGAGGACCGGGCGGAGGAUGCGGCCGAGGACGCGGCUCUGGCCCGCGGCGCCGCCCUCGAGUCGUUCGGCGAGAGCGCGGAGACGCGCGAGCUGCUGGGCCGCCUGCGGACAGUGGUCGGCGAGCGCGCGGCCCGGGAGGGCGCCGUGGAGCGGUUCCGCGGAAUCAUGGACAAGUACCAGGAGCAGCCUCACCUGUUGGACCCGCACCUUGAGUGGAUGCUGAACUUGUUAUUGGAGUUGGUGCAAGAUAAGACGUCUCCCGCUGACCUUGUACAUCUGGCUUUUAAAUUUCUUUACAUUAUCACCAAGGUUCGAGGAUAUAAAACGUUUCUUCGCUUAUUUCCCCACGAAGUAGCGGAUGUACAGCGUGUCUUAGACAUGUUCAUGCAUCAGAACCUCAAAGACCACGAGACCUGGGAGACCCGCUACGUGCUCUUACUGUGGCUCUCGGUGACCUGCCUGAUCCCUUUCGACUUUUCACGCCUGGACGGGGACCUCCUCACUCGGCCCGGGCAAGCGCGAGUGUCCACGAUGGACCGUAUCCUGCAGGUGGCGCAGUCCUACCUGGUGGUCAGCGACAAGGCCCGGGAUGCUGCUGCCGUCCUCGUGUCCAGGUUUGUCACUCGGCCUGACGUCAAGCAGAAGAAGAUGGCCGGUUUCCUGGACUGGAGCCUGUGCACCUUGGCCAACUCCUCCUUCCAGACCAUCGAGGGGGUCAUUGCCAUGGACGGGACGCUGCAGGCCCUGGCACAAAUAUUUAAGCACGGAAAACGUGAGGACUGCUUACCCUAUGCUGCCACGGUUCUCAAGUGCCUGGACGGCUGCAGGCUCCCCGACAGCAACCAGACGCUGCUUCGGAAACUUGGGGUGAAGCUUGCACAGCGGCUGGGUCUGACCUUCCUGAAGCCCCGGUUGGCCAAGUGGAGGUACCAGCGCGGCUGCCGCUCCUUGGCUGCCAGCCUGCAGCCCUGCGCCCAGAGUCCACGGGAGCUGGGGACGCAGGCCGAGAGCCCAGACAGCGACGGAGAGGAUGAUGUCCCCGAGGAGGUGGAGAGCGUGAUAGAGCAGCUGCUGGUCGGGCUGAAGGACAAGGACACGGUCGUGCGCUGGUCUGCGGCCAAGGGCGUCGGCAGGAUGGCGGGCAGGCUUCCCAAGGAGCUGGCGGACGACGUGGCCGGGUCGGUGCUGGACUGUUUCAGUUUUCAGGAGACGGACGGGGCCUGGCAUGGCGGGUGUCUGGCGCUAGCGGAACUGGGCAGACGAGGCCUGUUGCUCCCUUCCCGGCUCUCAGACGUUGUCCCCGUGAUCCUGAAGGCGCUGACCUACGAGGAGAAGCGGGGCGCCUGCAGCGUGGGCGCCAACGUCAGGGACGCCGCCUGCUAUGUGUGCUGGGCCUUCGCACGUGCCUACGAGCCUCAGGAGCUGAAGCCCUUUGUGGCCGCGAUUUCCAGCGCUCUGGUGCUUGCCACCGUGUUUGACCGAAACGUGAACUGCAGGAGAGCAGCCUCUGCCGCCUUCCAGGAGAACGUGGGGAGACAGGGCACCUUCCCACACGGAAUCGAUAUUUUGACCGCAGCUGACUACUUCGCUGUUGGUAACAGAUCUAACUGUUUCCUGGAUAUAAGCAUGUUUAUUGCCGGCUUUCCUGAGUACACGCAGCCGAUGAUCGACCACCUGGUGACCAUGAAGAUCAGCCACUGGGACGGGGUCAUCCGGGAGCUGUCGGCGAAGGCGCUGCAGAACCUGGCCCAGCGGGCACCCGAGUACGCCGCCCAGCAAGUUUUCCCACAGCUGCUGGCGAUGACGCGGAGCCCAGACCUGCACACUCGGCACGGGGCCGUGCUCGCCUGCGCCCAGGUCGCCCGCAGCCUGUGCAGAUUGGCCGAUCAGCAGGGCAGGCCCGUCGCCAACUUCCUGGAUGAGGAGGCAGUGCAGGGCCUGAAGCAGAUUCACCAGCAGCUGUGUGAUCGUCAGCUAUACAGGGGUCUCGGAGGAGAGCUCAUGAGACAAGCAGUGUGCAUUUUGAUAGAAAACCUGUCCGUUUCCAAAAUGCCCUUCAGAGGUGACGCCGUGAUCGGUGGCUGGCAGUGGCUGAUCCACGACACCCUGAGAAACCUCCACCUCGUGUCAAGUCGCUCCAGACAGCAGAUGAAGGAGGCAGCGGUCUCAGCCCUGGCGGCCCUCUGCAGCGCCUACCUCACCCCGGAGCCCGGGGCGGCGGACCCCCCUGCACAGGGGGAGCUGGUGGAGCAGUACCUGGCCGAGCUUCAGAGCCCAGAGGAGAUGACCCGCUGUGGCUUCGCCCUGGCUUUGGGUGCCCUGCCCGCCCCCCUCCUGUGGGGCCAGCUUCGCCAGGUUCUAGCGGGCUUAGGGGCCGUCACCCACAUUUCUCCCGAGGACGUGGGCUUUGCCGAGUCCAGGCGGGACGCCCUGAAGGCGAUCGCGAGGGUUUGCCAGACUGUCGGCGUGAGGGCAGAGGGGAGCCCCGACGAGGCUCUGUGCAGAGAGAACAUCUCCCAGGUUUACGGCGUGAUGCUGGGCUGCCUGAGCGAUUACACCACCGACAGCCGUGGGGACGUGGGUGCCUGGGUCCGCGAGGCCGCCAUGACCAGCCUGAGGGACCUGACUCUUUUGCUGGCACAGGAGCAGCCGGAGCUGAUCGAGGCCCGGAUCUGUGAGCAGGUCAUGUGCUGCGUGGCCCAGCAGGCGAGCGAGAAGAUCGACCGGUUCCGCGCACAUGCGGCCCGCGUGUUCCUGGCGCUGCUCCACUCCGAUGGCCCCGCCGUCCCCCACGUGCCCCACCGCCAGGAGCUGGAGAGGCUCUUCCCCAGGAGUGCCGUGGCCUCGGUGAACUGGAGCGCGCCGUCGCAGGCCUUCCCCCGCGUGACCCAGCUCCUGGGGCUGCCCGCCUACCGCUACCACGUGCUGCUGGGGCUGGUUGUGUCCGUGGGCGGCCUGACGGAGUCCACGGUCAGGUACUCGACGCAGGGCCUCUUCGAGUACAUGAAGGGGAUUCAGAAGGACCGGCCGGCCCUGGAGGACUUCAGCGGGACCCUCCUGCAGAUCUUCCAGGACAACCUUCUCAAUGACAGAGUGUCUGUGCCGCUUAUGAAGACGCUGGACCAGAUGCUGGCCAAUGGGUGCUUCGAUAUCUUCACCACAGAGGAGAACCACCCAUUCGGCGUGCAGCUGCUGGCGCUCUGCAGGGAGGAGCUCCGGAAGUCCAAGGACGUGCAGAAGCUGCGGGCCGGCAUCGCCGUGUUCUGUGCGAUGGUGCAGUUCCCCGGCGACGUGAGGAGGAGGGUCCUCCUGCAGCUGCUGCUCCUGCUCUGCCACCCGUUCCCUGUGAUUCGGAAGGCCACGGCCAGCCAGGUGUACGAGAUGCUGCUGACCUACGAUGUCGUGGGUGCCGACAUCCUGGACGAGGUCAUGGCUGUGCUCAGCGAUACGGCCUGGGACGCAGAGCUCCCAGUCGUGAGAGGCCAGCGGAACCACCUAUGUGACCUCCUGGGUGUGCCCAGACCUCAGCUGGUCCCCAAGCCCAGUGCCCGCUGAGGCCACCCCAGAAGCUGAGCCCUCGUGCCUGGUGGGGAGGAGGAACCGGUGUGUGGUCAGCAUGGAAGACCUGGACGGACCCCGACUGGUGCGUGUGGGGGACGCAGAGCUUGGCGCCCGGAGGCGACCUUUCCUCAUGCGUCCUGUGCACCAGUGACCUGGGCUGUUGGUGCUUUUGAAUUAAUCUCAGACGCGAGUCUUAUAAAAUCAUGUGCUGAGCA